UACAUUGAUUGUUGACUGGGUUGCAUGUUGCAUACGACAUAACGAUUGCAUGCAGUCCGCGACACAUUAUAUCGACUGGAGGAAACAACAAUAACUAUUACCAGCUGUUAACAUCGAUUGGUGCAUCAGUAGCCUCUAUAUGUGACGAAUAGAAGACUGUCACCGACUGAUAAUUAUGAGGCCCUAGUAGCUAAAGACUUGCUAUACCACCCUGAGGCCAGCAAAGAUAAUUAAGUCAACUCAGCUUCAUAAGAGACUCAACUCGGGACACGACUUACAGUUAAAGUAGAGUCACCUCAGAACUAACAGAGAUUGAGGAAUUACCUUAUAGAAGUCCAACAGACAGAUAACUGCAAGUCACAGCCAACUAAAACAGGGAGCUUGAAGACACCAUACAGAACUGUUACAUACAGAGAUAAAUCACCUCGGUCAAAUCAAAUCAGUUCACUUCUGCAGAGACCCCAGAGCAGUCAACACAGGUGAAGAUGUCUACAUCUGGAUCAGAUCAGAUUGGCGGACCACCUUCCAUGGCAACAGAUGCUGUGUUGGUCAAGUGUACACAACCAAUCCCAGAUUCUGUCCCAAAGGUCAAAGGUUAUGACUUCAACAAGGGAAUUAACUACCAUGAGCUCCUCAAGACCUAUGCUUGCUCAGGAUUCCAGGCCAGCAACUUUGGAUUGGCUGUUAAGGAAAUUAAUAAAAUGAUUGAUAAGAAGAUGGAACCAGUCCCCCUGGACAGACAGGAGGAGAUCAAUUUGAAUCCUGUCGGGCGAAAACGAUCCAACUGUACUAUCUUCCUCAGUUACACCUCCAACCUCAUAUCAUCAGGUGUCCGGGAGAUCUUCAAAUACCUUGUACAGAACAACAUGGUCGAUUGUAUAGUUACAACAGCUGGAGGUGUAGAAGAGGACUUUAUCAAGUGUUUAGCACCAACAUUCACGGGUGACUUUAGUCUCAAGGGCAAGGAACUGCGUGAGAAAGGCAUCAACAGAAUCGGGAACCUGCUCGUACCCAACGACAAUUAUGGCUUGUUUGAGGACUGGCUAAUGCCUAAACUGGACAUGAUGCUCAAAGAACAACAGGAAGAGGGUACCCUAUGGUGUCCGUCUAAGUUUAUCGCUCGACUUGGCAAAGAGAUUGACAACCCAGAGUCAGUGUAUUACUGGGCCUACAAGAACAACAUUCCUGUGUUUUGUCCAGCACUCACUGACGGUUCUAUAGGAGAUAUGCUGUACUUCCAUUCCUACAGAAAGCCUGGUCUAGUUUUAGAUAUCAUUGAAGAUAUCAGAAGGAUGAACAACCAGGCAGUAUAUUCUAUUAACACUGGUAUGAUUAUCCUGGGAGGAGGCCUUGUCAAACAUCACACCUGUAACGCUAACCUAAUGAGGAACGGAGCAGACUUCUCUGUGUAUUUGAACACAGCCAGUGAGUUUGAUGGCAGUGACGCUGGUGCUAGUCCUGAUGAGGCCGUGUCCUGGGGCAAGAUAAAGAAGGAUGCUACCCCUGUCAAGAUUUGUGCUGAGGCUACUCUGGUGUUUCCCCUACUGGUCGCAGAGACGUUUGCUCGCAGGGAAAAGGAAUACAAGACUCUACAUGAAUCAGACUGAACCUACUCCUGUUUUUGUAUGUCUGAUAGACUACUAUAACAGUACAUAAUAGUUCUGAUGACAUAGGUUGAAGGUUGAAGAAUACGUGUAUGUGCCAUGUAGCCACACAUUUGACAUGACAUUUUGAUGCUGAUCAUUGUUCUGGGUGACCAUGUACAUUUAUAUGUAUGUUGUUCAUUUAUAUACGUAUCAUACUACACACAGAAUCAAGACUUUGUUUUGUAUUUGUCUAAAAUGGUUUCUUGUGUCAUAAAUCUUACUCUUCUGUGCAAGAUUUUUCAGCUCUUUAUAUUUAUUUGUAGUUAACAAUUCUAAUUGUGAAAUGUUACAUGGACUAUGUUUUUAUAUAUUGUUGAGGGUACGCUUCUGUUUACCUACCGGGCCACCUGGGUCAUGAAACAGGCUGUUUUGAUUGUCAUUAAGAUAAAAUAAGAACUCGCAAUGACUAUAGGUGACAAAUAGUUUUUCUGUCCCAUUUUUGUUCUUGAAAAGAGUUCACAAGUUUUCUAUAUCAUUUUCAAUUUAUUCAUUUUUGUUCAAAUCCCAUGAACAGUAGCAAUAUUGUUAAUUUGAAUGAUAAAGAUUUAAGGCAAAUGUCGAAUUCGGGUGAUUUCUGUUUAUUCUUCGCAAAAGGGGUGUGGUACCCUUUAUCCCCGUCUCACACAGUCUGUAUAUGUGUAUCAUGAUACAUAAAUGUUAUACAUAUAUAUCCUUAUGAUGGGAUGGAGAUCUGUAGAAGUAAUAGGUGUUUGCAUACAAAGUUUCCAUAUAUGGUCAGUUUGAGUGUAACCCUGCGGGGCAGUAAAUACUCUUUUUAAAACAGUAAAAAAAAAAAAAUCCUGCUGAAAUUCUUCAGUUUCCUGAACCACAAAUCCUAUCCAAUCAUUGUAACCCUCAGAAGUUAUUUUUGGUUCCAUAUAAUUUCAUUUUCCUAUCUUAUAUAAACAGAUAUAUAUACAUGCUCGGAUAAAAAUGUUGGUGUAGUCUGUUUAAAGUGUAUACAUACAUGUACAUUGCUCACCAGUCCAAGGGAGGAAAGCCUGCUCUCUCCUCCCUAUGACAUCACAGCCAUUGCUCCCAUAGGUGUCAUGUCAACUUGUUCUUGGCGUAGUUAGUUUAGAUAGCAUAGACAGAGUUCUACCUGUACAUCGAAAAGGAAUAUACUAUGACAUAUUUACCAAACUUUACUUUAUUUUACUAGUUUACUUUGAAAGACUGUGCAUUGUGGCAUGGUGGCCAGUUUUGGUACACCCGUGUUACAUCAGGGGAAAUAAACUUGGUGUGUCUCCACACUACUGGACCAUACAGACAGCUGAUCUGUUUUAUCGCUUGGAUUAUUUGUGGAAUAUCUUUUUCUUUUUAAAUAAAUGUUGAUUAAUAGAAUCUUCCCCUGCCUUGAGGGUGUGACAGAGAAAUCU